UUGGACAAUGACCUCACUUUUGAAGAUACUUUAAACACAUUCAAAACCUCAGAUCCAGUAGAUCCACUUACUAAACCUCUUGUACAAUCUAAGGGACGUGAGAAGCGAUUUCUGGGCUUUUUUGAGUAUGAUAAUGAUGAUGAAGAUUCAGAUAUCCAAGGUCAGCCAUCUGGAGUUGGAGAAAUAUCAGAUUCAGAUAGUGAACACUUGUUUACAGCAAGUGGUGAUGGAGAUUCACCUGUGUACUUCCGGAUGGCACUCACUUUUACCAACAUUGACUACAAAAAUGAAUACUCUGACAGAAACAGUCUUGAGUUUAAGAAAUUAGCAGUUGAAAUUCAAUUGGCUUUACAAGAACUGUAUCAAGAUAUUUCUGGGGAACAAGCAGUUACUGUAGUUUCUCUGAGACCUUCAGAACAAUUAGGUGUAAAAUGUCAGAUGGAUAUUGGAUCACAAUACAACAGAAAUGAAGAGCAAAUCAAGAACGUUGUUAAGAGAGCUAUUGAUCGUGGCACCAUUGACAGAUUCACAAUUUCACCUGAAGGCUUCUUAUUUCGGUCUCUUGGGGCUCCAACACAUCCUGUUUCACCUGAGAUUCGAUGUAGGUCAGACCAACUUACUUGCCAUUCUGGAGAGUGUCUGGAGGCACAAAAACGCUGUGAUGGUCACAAAGAUUGCCUAGAUGGUUCAGAUGAAACUGGGUGCAUCGGAACGAAUGGGAGACAACAAGCAAUCGUAACACCAAAGAAAACCCCAUUGUCCCAGUUUCCAUUGUGUCGCAGUGAUGAUCAAGUCUACUGCCAAGAUGGUACUUGCAUUGACAGAGAUCGUCUGUGUGACGGUCAUCAAGACUGCCCUCAUGGUGAUGAUGAGGACAAUUGUGCAUGCUUACCACAUCAAUGGCAGUGUAACUUUGGUACAUGUAUAAAUCAAGAUUUGCGAUGUAAUGGACGGGUAGACUGCCCAGAUGACAACUCGGAUGAAAAAGAUUGUCCACAAGAAUGUUCCAGAGAUGAGUUCCGAUGUGGAGAUGGAUCAUGUAUAUCUAGUACGUUAAGAUGUGACAGAAAGUAUGAUUGUGCUGAUGGAGCAGAUGAAGUUGAUUGUUCACGAGAAUGUUCUAGAGAUGAGUUCCGUUGUGGAGAUGGAUCAUGUAUACGUAGUACACUAAGGUGUGACAGAAAGUAUGACUGUGCUGAUGGAUCUGAUGAAGUUGGUUGUUUACAAGAAUGUUCCAGAAAUGAAUUCCGAUGUGGAGAUGGAUUAUGUAUACCUAGUUCGUUAACAUGUGAUAGAAAGUAUGAUUGUGCUGAUGGAUCCGAUGAAGUUGACUGCUUAAAAGAAUGUUCCAGAGAUGAGUUCCGAUGUGGAGAUGGAUCAUGUAUACCUAGUUCGUUAAGAUGUGAUAGACAGUAUGAUUGUGUUGAUGGAGCAGAUGAAGUUGAUUGUUUGCGAGAAUGUUCUGGAGAUGAGUUCCGUUGUGGAGAUGGAUCAUGUAUACGUAGUACAUUAAGAUGUGACAGAAAGUAUGACUGUGCUGAUGGAUCUGAUGAAGUUGGUUGUUUACAAGAAUGCUCCAGAGAUGAGUUCAAAUGUGGAGAUGGAUCAUGUAUACCUAGUACAUUAAGAUGUGAUAGAAAAUAUGAUUGUGUUGAUGGAGCAGACGAAGUUGAUUGUUCACGAGAAUGUUCUGGAGAUGAGUUCCGUUGUGGAGAUGGAUCAUGUAUAUCUAAUGCAUUAAAAUGUGAUAGAAAGUAUGACUGUGCUGAUGGAACAGAUGAAGUUGACUGCC